AUGGCGGUGUGGGACACCCCAGACCAUGGCGGAGGCUGUGUAGAAAGAGGUGGUGUGUUGGACGUAGCAUUCAUACUGGAUGCUUCAGGUAGCGUUGGUGAUGGCAAUCUUGCUAAGAUGGUGAGCUUCACAAAGAAGAUGAUGGAUCGAUUUUCGGUGGCAACAAAUCGUGGAGAAGACGGGCGGUCUGCAUGGAGGCGACAGCAGCUGAGCAACAUGAGCAGUAGUGGCAGCAGUGACAGCGGCGGCGGCAGCAGCAGCAGCAGGAGCAGCAGCAGUAACAAUUGGAGAAACGACAGCUCUGGUACUGGCGCUGUGGGUCGGAGUCAAAGCCGAUUUGGAGUACUUCGCUACAACAAUAGUGCGAAUGUUGUGUUCGGCUUUGAUAUGUACUUGAAUCUAAGUUCAGUGCUGUCAGCUAUGGAUGGGAUGGCCAAGGUGACAAAAGGCUGUACCAACACAAGUGGUGCUCUAGAAGUAGCAGGAAUUGACUUAUUUGGCUUGUCAAUGAGCUGCACAUCUCUGGGUUGUCACCGCAAUUCUUCGUGCAGGUCUUAUUGCGGGAGUGCAUCCGGCAGCAGCGGAAGCAGCAGCAGCAGCCGUGGCAGUGGAGGUGGAAGUAGUAGUCAGAAUGGCAGAGGAAGCAGCGGAAGCAGCAGUGGCAGCAGCAGCAGCAGUGGCAGCAGCAGCAGUAGCGGCCGUGGCAGCAGCAGCAGCAGCAGCAGCAGCCGUGGUAGCGGCAGCAGCAGCAGCAGCUCAGGGUCGUCAUCUUCUGGUGAUCGAGGACGAGGACGAGGAAGAAGGAGCAGCUCAAGCGGUGUCAGAAGACGAGAAGUUAUUGUGCUGUUGAGUGACGGAAACUCCAAUGUUGGUGGCAAUCCUUCGGCCUGCGCUUCUGAGCUGCGUGCUAAGAACAUCGAGGUGUUUGCAGUGGGCAUCGGUAACGGAAUAGACCGGUCAGAGUUGGAAAGCAUCGCAAGCCUGCCAUAUCCUAAGCACGUGUUAUCGGUGCAGAGUUUUGAUGCAUUGGAGGAGACUGUGCUGAAGAAACUGGAGCAAUUUGUGUGCCCAGUUCGUGGCUGGGAUGCAUGGAGUAGCUGGUCGCAGUGCAGUUCCAGCUGUGGCGGCGGGAUACAGAGAAGAAGUCGAGAAUGCGGAAGCAAUGAGAGCAGUCUGUGUGUGGGGGAGAGCAGGCAACAGCGCAAGUGUGGCAGCGUAGCUUGUCCAUCAACUCGUAAGGAAGGAGGCUGUGUAGAAGGAGGUGGUGUGUUGGACGUAGCAUUCAUACUGGAUGCUUCAGGUAGCGUUGGUGAUGGCAAUUUUGCUAAGAUGGUGAGCUUCACAAAGAAGAUGAUGGAUCGAUUUUCGGUGGCAACAAAUCGUGGAGAAGACGGGCGGUCUGCAUGGAGGCGACAGCAGCUGAGCAACAUGAGCAGUAGUGGCAGCAGUGACAGCGGUGGCGGCAGCAGCAGCAGCAGCAGCAGGAGCAGCAGCAGUAACAAUUGGAGAAACGACAGCUCUGGUACUGGCGCUGUGGGUCGGAGUCAAAGCCGAUUUGGAGUACUUCGCUACAACAAUAGUGCGAACGUUGUGUUCGGCUUUGAUAUGUACUUGAAUCUAAGUUCAGUGCUGUCAGCUAUGGAUGGGAUGGCCAAGGUGACAAAAGGCUGUACCAACACAAGUGGUGCUCUAGAAGUAGCAGGAAUUGACUUAUUUGGCUUGUCAAUGAGCUGCACAUCUCUGGGUUGUCACCGCAAUUCUUCGUGCAGGUCUUAUUGCGGGAGUGCAUCCGGCAGCAGCGGAAGCAGCAGCAGCCGUGGCAGUGGAGGUGGAAGUAGUAGUCAGAAUGGCAGAGGAAGCAGCGGAAGCAGCAGUGGCAGCAGCAGCAGCAGUGGCAGCAGCAGCAGCAGUAGCGGCCGUGGCAGCAGCAGCAGCAGCAGCAGCAGCAGCCGUGGUAGCGGCAGCAGCAGCAGCAGCUCAGGGUCGUCAUCUUCUGGUGAUCGAGGACGAGGACGAGGAAGAAGGAGCAGCUCAAGCGGUGUCAGAAGACGAGAAGUUAUUGUGCUGUUGAGUGACGGAAACUCCAAUGUUGGUGGCAAUCCUUCGGCCUGCGCUUCUGAGCUGCGUGCUAAGAACAUCGAGGUGUUUGCAGUGGGCAUCGGUAACGGAAUAGACCGGUCAGAGUUGGAAAGCAUCGCAAGCCUGCCAUAUCCUAAGCACGUGUUAUCGGUGCAGAGUUUUGAUGCAUUGGAGGAGACUGUGCUGAAGAAACUGGAGCAAUUUGUGUGCCCAGUUCGUGGCUGGGAUGUAUGGAGUAGCUGGUCGCAGUGCAGUUCCAGCUGUGGCGGCGGGAUACAGAGAAGAAGUCGAGAAUGCGGAAGCAAUGAGAGCAGUCUGUGUGUGGGAGAGAGCAGGCAACAGCGCAAGUGUGGCAGCGUAGCUUGUCCAUCAACUCGUAAGGAAGGAGGCUGUGUAGAAAGAGGUGGUGUGUUGGACGUAGCAUUCAUACUGGAUGCUUCAGGUAGCGUUGGUGAUGGCAAUUUUGCUAAGAUGGUGAGCUUCACAAAGAAGAUGAUGGAUCGAUUUUCGGUGGCAACAAAUCGUGGAGAAGACGGGCGGUCUGCAUGGAGGCGACAGCAGCUGAGCAACAUAAGCAGUAGUGGCAGCAGUGACAGCGGCGGUGGCGGCAGCAGCAGUAGCAGCAGCAGCAGCAGCAGUAACAAUUGGAGAAACGACAGCUCUGGUACUGGCACUGUGGGUCGGAGUCAAAGCCGAUUUGGAGUACUUCGCUACAACAAUAGUGCGAAUGUUGUGUUCGGCUUUGAUAUGUACUUGAAUCUAAGUUCAGUGCUGUCAGCUAUGGAUGGGAUGGCCAAGGUGACAAAAGGCUGUACCAACACAAGUGGUGCUCUAGAAGUAGCAGGAAUUGACUUAUUUGGCUUGUCAAUGAGCUGCACAUCUCUGGGUUGUCACCGCAAUUCUUCGUGCAGGUCUUAUUGCGGGAGUGCAUCCGGCAGCAGCGGAAGCAGCAGCAGCCGUGGCAGUGGAGGUGGAAGUAGUAGUCAGAAUGGCAGAGGAAGCGGCGGAAGCAGCAGUGGCAGCAGCAGCAGCAGUAGCGGCCGUGGCAGCAGCAGCAGCAGCAGCCGUGGUAGCAGCAGCAGCAGCAGCCAUGGAAGCAGCAGCAGCAGCAGCAGCUCAGGGUCGUCAUCUUCUGGUGAUCGAGGACGAGGACGAGGAAGAAGGAGCAGCUCAAGCGGUGGCAGAAGACGAGAAGUUAUUGUGGUGUUGAGUGACGGAAACUCCAAUGUUGGUGGCAAUCCUUCGGCCUGCGCUUCUGAGCUGCGUGCUAAGAACAUCGAGGUGUUUGCAGUGGGCAUCGGUAACGGAAUAGACCGGUCAGAGUUGGAAAGUAUCGCAAGCCUGCCAUAUCCUAAGCACGUGUUAUCGGUGCAGAGUUUUGAUGCAUUGGAGGAGACUGUGCUGAAGAAACUGGAGCAAUUUGUGUGCCCAGUUCGUGGCUGGGAUGUAUGGAGUAGCUGGUCGCAGUGCAGUUCCAGCUGUGGCGGCGGGAUACAGAGAAGAAGUCGAGAAUGCGGAAGCAAUGAGAGCAGUCUGUGUGUGGGAGAGAGCAGGCAACAGCGCAAGUGUGGCAGCGUAGCUUGUCCAUCAACUCGUAAGGAAGGAGGCUGUGUAGAAAGAGGUGGUGUGUUGGACGUAGCAUUCAUACUGGAUGCUUCAGGUAGCGUUGGUGAUGGCAAUUUUGCUAAGAUGGUGAGCUUCACAAAGAAGAUGAUGGAUCGAUUUUCGGUGGCUACAAAUCGUGGAGAAGACGGGCGGUCUGCAUGGAGGCGACAGCAGCUGAGCAACAUAAGCAGUAGUGGCAGCAGUGACAGCGGCGGUGGCGGCGGCAGCAGCAGCAGCGGCAGUAACAAUUGGAGAAACGACAGCUCUGGUCUUAUUGCGGGAGCGCAUCCGGCAGCAGCGGAAGCAGCAGCCGUGGCAGUGGAGGUGGAAGUAGUAGUCAGAAUGGCAGAGGAAGCGGCGGAAGCAGCAGUGGCAGCAGCAGCAGCAGCAGCGGCCGUGGGAGCAGCAGCAGCAGCCGUGGUAGCAGCAGCAGCAGCAGCAGCAGCUCAGGGUCGUCAUCUUCUGGUUAUCGAGGACGAGGACGAGGAAGAAGGAGCAGCUCAAGCGGUGGCAGAAGACGAGAAGUUUUUCGUGGCUGGGAUGUAUGGAGUAGCUGGUCGCAGUGCAGUUCCAGCUGUGGCAGCGGGAUACAGAGAAGAAGUCGAGAAUGCGGAAGCAAUGAGAGCAGUCUGUGUGUGGGAGAGAGCAGGCAACAGCGCAAGAGGCUGUGUAGAAAGAGGUGGUGUGUUGGACGUAGCAUUCAUACUGGAUGCUUCAGGUAGCGUUGGUGAUGGCAAUUUUGCUAAGAUGGUGAGCUUCACAAAGAAGAUGAUGGAUCUAUUUUCGGUGGCAACAAAUCGUGGAGAAGACGGGCGGUCUGCAUGGAGGCGACAGCAGCUGAGCAACAUAAGCAGUAGUGGCAGCAGUGACAGCGGCGGUGGCGGCGGCAGCAGCAGCAGGAGUAGCAGCAGCAGUAACAAUUGGAGACACGACAGCUCUGGUACUGGCGCUGUGGGUCGGAGUCAAAGCCGAUUUGGAGUACUUCGCUACAACAAUAGUGCGAAUGUUGUGUUCGGCUUUGAUAUGUACUUGAAUCUAAGUUCAGUGCUGUCAGCUAUGGAUGGGAUGGCCAAGGUGACAAAAGGCUGUACCAACACAAGUGGUGCUCUAGAAGUAGCAGGAAUUGACUUAUUUGGCUUGUCAAUGAGCUGCACAUCUCUGGGUUGUCACCGCAAUUCUUCGUGCAGGUCUUAUUGCGGGAGUGCAUCCGGCAGCAGCGGAAGCAGCAGCAGCCGUGGCAGUGGAGGUGGAAGUAGUAGUCAGAAUGGCAGAGGAAGCGGCGGAAGCAGCAGUGGCAGCAGCAGCAGCAGCAGCGGCCGUGGAAGCAGCAGCAGCAGCAGCAGCAGCAGCAGCAGCCGUGGUAGCAGCAGCAGCAGCAGCAGCUCAGGGUCGUCAUCUUCUGGUUAUCGAGGACGUGGACGAGGAAGAAGGAGCAGCUCAAGCGGUGGCAGAAGACGAGAAGUUAUUGUACUGUUGAGUGACGGAAACUCCAAUGUUGGUGGCAAUCCUUCGGCCUGCGCUUCUGAGCUGCGUGCUAACAACAUCGAGGUGUUUGCAGUGGGCAUCGGUAACGGAAUAGACCGGUCAGAGUUGGAAAGCAUCGCAAGCCUGCCAUAUCCUAAGCACGUGUUAUCGGUGCAGAGUUUUGAUGCAUUAGAGGAGACUGUGCUGAAGAAACUGGAGCAAUUUGUGUGCCCAGUUCGUGGCUGGGAUGUAUGGAGUAGCUGGUCGCAGUGCAGUUCCAGCUGUGGCGGCGGGAUACAGAGAAGAAGUCGAGAAUGCGGAAGCAAUGAGAGCAGUCUGUGUGUGGGAGAGAGCAGGCAACAGCGCAAGUGCGGCAGCGUAGAUUGUCCAUCAACUCGUAAGGAAGGAGGCUGUGUUGAAAGAGGUGGUGUGUUGGACGUAGCAUUCAUACUGGAUGCUUCAGGUAGCGUUGGUGAUGGCAAUUUUGCUAAGAUGGUGAGCUUCACAAAGAAGAUGAUGGAUCGAUUUUCAGUGGCAACAAAUCGUGGAGAAGACGGGCGGUCUGCAUGGAGGCGACAGCAGCUGAGCAACAUAAGCAGUAGUGGCAGCAGUGACAGCGGCGGUGGCGGCAGCAGCAGUAGCAGCAGCAGCAGCAGCAGCAGUAACAAUUGGAGAAACGACAGCUCUGGUACUGGCACUGUGGGUCGGAGUCAAAGCCGAUUUGGAGUACUUCGCUACAACAAUAGUGCGAAUGUUGUGUUCGGCUUUGAUAUGUACUUGAAUCUAAGUUCAGUGCUGUCAGCUAUGGAUGGGAUGGCCAAGGUGACAAAAGGCUGUACCAACACAAGUGGUGCUCUAGAAGUAGCAGGAAUUGACUUAUUUGGCUUGUCAAUGAGCUGCACAUCUCUGGGUUGUCACCGCAAUUCUUCGUGCAGGUCUUAUUGCGGGAGUGCAUCCGGCAGCAGCGGAAGCAGCAGCCGUGGCAGUGGAGGUGGAAGUAGUAGUCAGAAUGGCAGAGGAAGCGGCGGAAGCAGCAGUGGCAGCAGCAGCAGCAGUAGCGGCCGUGGCAGCAGCAGCAGCAGCAGCAGCCGUGGUAGCAGCAGCAGCAGCAGCCGUGGAAGCAGCAGCAGCAGCAGCAGCUCAGGGUCGUCAUCUUCUGGUGAUCGAGGACGAGGACGAGGAAGAAGGAGCAGCUCAAGCGGUGGCAGAAGACGAGAAGUUAUUGUGGUGUUGAGUGACGGAAACUCCAAUGUUGGUGGCAAUCCUUCGGCCUGCGCUUCUGAGCUGCGUGCUAACAACAUCGAGGUGUUUGCAGUGGGCAUCGGUAACGGAAUAGACCGGUCAGAGUUGGAAAGCAUCGCAAGCCUGCCAUAUCCUAAGCACGUGUUAUCGGUGCAGAGUUUUGAUGCAUUGGAGGAGACUGUGCUGAAGAAACUGGAGCAAUUUGUGUGCCCAGUUCGUGGCUGGGAUGUAUGGAGUAGCUGGUCGCAGUGCAGUUCCAGCUGUGGCGGCGGGAUACAGAGAAGAAGUCGAGAAUGCGGAAGCAAUGAGAGCAGUCUGUGUGUGGGAGAGAGCAGGCAACAGCGCAAGUGUGGCAGCGUAGCUUGUCCAUCAACUCGUAAGGAAGGAGGCUGUGUAGAAAGAGGUGGUGUGUUGGACGUAGCAUUCAUACUGGAUGCUUCAGGUAGCGUUGGUGAUGGCAAUUUUGCUAAGAUGGUGAGCUUCACAAAGAAGAUGAUGGAUCGAUUUUCGGUGGCAACAAAUCGUGGAGAAGACGGGCGGUCUGCAUGGAGGCGACAGCAGCUGAGCAACAUAAGCAGUAGUUUCAACAGUGACAGCGGCGGUGGCGGCGGCAGCAGCAGCAGCAGCAGAAGUAACAAUUGGAGAAACGACAGCUCUGGUACUGGCGCUGUGGGUCGGAGUCAAAGCCGAUUUGGAGUACUUCGCUACAACAAUAGUGCGAAUGUUGUGUUCGGCUUUGAUAUGUACUUGAAUCUAAGUUUAGUGCUGUCAGCUAUGGAUGGGAUGGCCAAGGUGACAAAAGGCUGUACCAACACAAGUGGUGCUCUAGAAGUAGCAGGAAUUGACUUAUUUGGCUUGUCAAUGAGCUGCACAUCUCUGGGUUGUCACCGCAAUUCUUCGUGCAGGUCUUAUUGCGGGAGUGCAUCCAGCAGCAGCGGAAGCAGCAGCCGUGGCAGUGGAGGUGGAAGUAGUAGUCAGAAUGGCAGAGGAAGCGGCGGAAGCAGCAGUAGCAGCAGCAGCAGCAGUAACGGCCGUGGCAGCAGCAGCAGCAGCCGUGGUAGCAGCAGCAGCAGCUCAGGGUCGUCAUCUUCUGGUGAUCGAGGACGAGGACGAGGAAGAAGGAGCAGCUCAAGCGGUGGCAGAAGACGAGAAGUUAUUGUGGUGUUGAGUGACGGAAACUCCAAUGUUGGUGGCAAUCCUUCGGCCUGCGCUUCUGAGCUGCGUGCUAACAACAUCGAGGUGUUUGCAGUGGGCAUCGGUAACGGAAUAGACCGGUCAGAGUUGGAAAGCAUCGCAAGCCUGCCAUAUCCUAAGCACGUGUUAUCGGUGCAGAGUUUUGAUGCAUUGGAGGAGACUGUGCUGAAGAAACUGGAGCAAUUUGUGUGCCCAGUUCGUGGCUGGGAUGUAUGGAGUAGCUGGUCGCAGUGCAGUUCCAGCUGUGGCGGCGGGAUACAGAGAAGAAGUCGAGAAUGCGGAAGCAAUGAGAGCAGUCUGUGUGUGGGAGAGAGCAGGCAACAGCGCAAGUGUGGCAGCGUAGCUUGUCCAUCAACUCGUAAGGAAGGAGGCUGUGUUGAAAGAGGUGGUGUGUUGGACGUAGCAUUCAUACUGGAUGCUUCAGGUAGCGUUGGUGAUGGCAAUUUUGCUAAGAUGGUGAGCUUCACAAAGAAGAUGAUGGAUCUAUUUUCGGUGGCAACAAAUCGUGGAGAAGACGGGCGGUCUGCAUGGAGGCGACAGCAGCUGAGCUACAUAAGCAGUAGUGGCAGCAGUGACAGCGGCGGUGGCGGCGGCAGCAGCAGCAGGAGUAGCAGCAGCAGUAACAAUUGGAGACACGACAGCUCUGGUCUUAUUGCGGGAGUGCAUCCGGCAGCAGCGGAAGCAGCAGCCGUGGCAGUGGAGGUGGAAGUAGUAGUCAGAAUGGCAGAGGAAGCGGCGGAAGCAGCAGUGGCAGCAGCAGCAGCAGCAGCGGCCGUGGAAGCAGCAGCAGCAGCAGCAGCAGCAGCCGUGGUAGCAGCAGCAGCAGCAGCUCAGGGUCGUCAUCUUCUGGUUAUCGAGGACGUGGACGAGGAAGAAGGAGCAGCUCAAGCGGUGGCAGAAGACGAGAAGUUAUUGUACUGUUGA